CGUGGCCCGUCUGCGGAACCGAAGAGAGAAGCCGCGAGAAGGUCCUCUGUCGUCCGACCGCAACGGUCAGGUGGUGCGAUCGGGGGUUUGAGGAGGAGUGAUCGUCUCGUAUACACGCACGCACGCACGCACGCACACGCACGCUCACUCCCCUUCUCUCUCUCAUUUUGCUCAUCCCCUGCAUCGUCCUCUCUCUCUCUCUUUCUCUCUCUCUCUCUACGCGGACCCCGAGUGCCGGGGGUUUACGUCGCCGGGACGGCAGAUGUCAGGAUGCCGGAGCAGAGUAACGACUAUCGCGUGGUCGUAUUCGGGGCGGGCGGCGUUGGCAAGAGUUCUCUUGUGCUGCGCUUCGUGAAGGGGUCCUUCCGCGAGUCCUACAUUCCGACCAUCGAGGACACCUACAGACAGGUGAUAAGUUGCGAUAAAAACAUAUGCACACUUCAAAUUACGGAUACAACGGGGUCCCAUCAGUUUCCCGCUAUGCAGCGACUCUCCAUAAGCAAAGGUCACGCCUUCAUCUUGGUAUACUCGGUGUGCUCACGGCAAAGUCUCGAGGAGCUACGACCGAUUUGGGCCGUGAUAAGGGAACUCAAGGGCCAAGAUAUCUCGCAGAUACCCAUUAUGUUGGUCGGGAAUAAGUGCGAUGAGAGUCCAUCGGUGCGUGAGGUGUCGAUGAGCGAGGGCGCGGCUGAGGCGGCCAACUGGGGUUGUGGCUUUCUGGAGACCUCGGCCAAGACGAAUCACAACGUGGACGCCCUGUUUCGAGACCUGCUCACCCUCGAGAAGAACCGCUCGGUCUCGUUACAGCCGGUGCAGAGCAACAACGCGAUAAGACUUAAGGAGAAAUGUGCCGUUAUGUAAAAAUCCACGCUCCGAUCCGCAUCGCGUAUAUAUCCGACGACGACGACGAUGACGACAACGACGACGACGACGACGACAAUGACAGGGUACUUGCGAUCACCCCGUCGCGGCGAAGUCCUCCGGAAACGAUGGAUCUGUGAUCCCUCAUCCUUCGAGACAGGGCCUCGCCGCUAUCCGCCGCUGAAUGAUAUCCCAAAGCCGGUUUCGCCAACGACGGACGACUUGUUCGCGACUCGUAUCCCUGAUGGCGACUUCCGCGCGUCUCCAUCUCAUCAAAAGGUUUACGACGCGUCAUACCUACUUGUUACGUUCGUAUGAACGCGCGGGCCUAGAGAAUAUCUUUGCGAAACUUCGAAUUUUAAAAAUAACUUUUAAGGAUCCUAAGAGAGAGUUUUUAGAAUUUUCAAUUCCGAGAACGUUUCUGGGCCUUGAUGGGUCAAUUAAGGGUGCGACCUGAGGAAGACAGGAGGCACUUUUAGUCGACGAACGCGAAAGAAUUAACUCGAAUUCAUGUGUGCGUUGCUCGUCGAUGGUGAAGCCUUUUUAUUUUUUGAGUUACGAUACUUUACGCAAUAGACCGCUCGACCGCGUAUAAUUUCUUCGUGCUCGAUGAUGUGAAAAAUUACUCGAGUUCCCGUUUCUUGUUUUUGACUCCGUCAUGGAAUCGUCCGCGGUAAUCUCGAUCUGCGACCAGGGUUGGCAAAAGCAACGAUACCACAGUUUUAUCAUUAAGAACAGUCGCACGUUUCGCUGCUAUGAGAAGUCGGCAUUAAUUAUAACGUAACAAUAGCUUCAGGAGAAAAAGCAAUUUUGCAAUUGUUAUAAGUUUCCUUAAUAUUAUGAUUGGUUUAUAUUCAGAUCUAUUGAGAAACUAAUGACAAGAACCAAUUAUAUUAAAGAAGCUUAUAACAGUUGCAAAGUUGCUUUUUCUAGAUAUUGAACAUAGCCAAGCUCACAAAACACAUUGCAAAUUGAUCAUUACUGAUGCUUUCAUUUCAAGACAAAAAUUAUUUUUUAUAGGAAAGGUUUAUUCUACGUUAACAGUAACUGGUAACGAUAUAAAAGUCGUAAUUAUCGCGAAUAUUGCAAUCGCUUCUUAUCAUAAUUAAUUUUCCAUUUAAUAAAAGUAUCUCUCACAUCAAGAUCGUUCCUUUUGCAUAUAGAUAAGCAAUGAAUUGUCAUGGAAGAUCGACAGAUACAAGGUACGAUUUAUCUGUGGGUUUUUAUCGCUCGCAAUCGAGGCAAUCCGCGGCAAAGGGCGGCUAUAAAAGCUCUCUUUCCGUAAACGGAUUUAUCGGAUCUCUUAAAACUAUAUUAUUCAGUAAAUUUGUAUCAAUUGUGAAAAAUAUUCGAGAAUAUUCCGUAGAAUAUACCUAGUUCGCUAAGCGUUAGAAAGACGGUAAAAAAUCGGAGAAAAAUAACAAUUAAAAAUUUUAGUAAAAUAUAUCGAAUAUAAAAAUCGUCAAGAAUGAAUUAAAUGAUGAGGGCUUUAAAAUAGGAUUUACUCGCAGGGCUAUUAAUUCAGCCUGGCCUUUUUUCGCGGACCGCCUCAAUUUAGCUGAAUCGAUAAUAGCCGCGACUGGUACUCUCUUCCAUGAAAAUU